AUGAAUUCGCGACAGCGCGGGUUCGACACGUUUUACGACGACCAGGUCGCAGCCCGUCGACAGUUUUACGCGCGCGAGACUGCCGUGAAUCGCAUCAACGACUACGCCGUUCUCGUAACCGUCGCAACGCUCGUGGUAACUUUGCUGGCCAAGUUCUGCAGCCCUGACGGAUCGAUUGAGGGCAUCUUUGCGCUGGUUGGUGGUUUUCUAUGGGACGCGCUGGUGUUUUUAAUCCCCUCGCCGCUUCUUUUCGCAAUCGACAACUGGAUGGACUCGUCUGCGACACGACCGAUGCGCGAUACCACAAACCAAAGCACCUAUGCUGCUAAAAACAGGGCCAUGCGGAGGGUGAUGGGCUUGGAUCGCCAGGAUGGCGUCAUGAACUCGGUCCUUCGUGCUAGAACAAGAGCAUUGUCUAUGACGGGAAGUGUUCUGGGCCUGAAGAUCGAAUCGGACCGGCCGGCGGGAUUGGGAAAUCGAGAUAACUCAUGCUACCAGAACAGCGUUCUCCAGGGCCUGGCUUCAUUGCACUCGAUGCCCGACUAUCUCGCAGCGUGUCUCAAGGGUGUGGACGAGACUGGCCAUGCUGCUGAUGAAAACGUAGCACACACGCUACGGAUGCUCAUUGCAGAUCUGAACGAUGUUUCGAAUAACGGUAAAACACUUUGGACGCCUUCUUUACUUAAAUCUAUGAACACAUGGACGCAACAAGAUGCCCAAGAGUACUAUUCCAAGGUCCUGGACGAUAUCGAAAAGGGAGCAGCGCUGGUGGCCAAAAACCUGUCUUCUGAUAAGCUCUUGGGACUGGAGACUGGCGAAUAUAGCAAUGCGGACGAGUGUUCUACCAGUGAGCAUAGCGACGACAGCGGCUAUCAAAGUCAGUCGUCAAGCUCCAGAACAGACUCGAAAGGAAUUGCGCGGAAUCCGUUGGAAGGCCUUCUAGCCCAGAGGGUGGCAUGCGUGCAAUGCGGCCACUCGGAUGGGCUGUCCAUGAUUCCGUUCAACUGCCUGACUCUUAGCCUUGGACUCGACAAGAACCAUCAUGACCUGUAUGAGCGAUUAGACUCAUACAGCAAGGUUGAGGCAAUCGAGGGAGUUGAAUGCCCGAAAUGCACCCUGUUGAAAGCACAAAGACUCCUCACCACGCUCGUGGAGAGGUUGCAGGAGGGAGGUUCUACGAAAGAGCAACUGGGCGAGCCUCUGCGAAGACUAGAAGCUGUUCAAGCAGCCCUGGAGGAAGACGACUUUGACGAAGAGACGAUCAGGGAUCGCUGCAAAAUCCCGGCGCAAAGCAGAGUCAAUGUAACCAAGACGAAGCAAAUGGUGAUUGCGCGACCACCUCAAAGUCUGGUCAUCCACGUCAACCGAUCCGUCUUUGACCCGUCCACAUUUAACAUGAUUAAGAAUUCCGCACCCGUGAGCUUCCCGAUGACGCUGGAUCUGGGGCCAUGGUGCCUGGGAAGUGCCGAACCAGAGAAGCCCGAGAAAGAAAAGGCUGCAGAUGCAAAGAAUGAGAAAGACGACGAAGAGCAGUGGCACCUGGACCCCAUGUCCUCCAUGGUGGCGGGAGACUUGGGAGAGUCGAGAUUGACGGGGCCCAUCUACGAAUUGAGAGCAGCUGUAACACACUACGGACGACAUGAGAAUGGGCACUACAUUUGUUAUCGUAAAUACCCGCCUCUCAGGCCAGAAAGCGUUGAUGAUGCAGGCGCUGCAGACAACAAAGAAGCUGCUUCGCCCGAGGUGGUUGACGACAAGCCAGCAGACCCGAAUGCAGAAGAGACAACAGAGAAAAGCACCAGCAAGAUCGACAGAGAUGCAUCUUGGUGGAGACUCAGCGACCAUAACGUGUCACAAGUCAACGAAGAGAUAGUCAUGAGCUUGGCCCCCGGAGUGUUUAUGCUAUUCUACGAGUGCGUCGACCCCUCCAUGAUACUACAAUCCGAAGUGGAAAACGGGGCCGCGGCGUUUACAAACACCGAGUUACAAGAUGCCGCUGCGACAAAGCAAGACGAAAGCAAAGCGGUGAAUGGAGCCACCGUUAUCCCAGUAACGACGGUAUUACUCCCGAAAACUGUUAAAGAAGAGACAACGCCGCCUUCAGAGGCAACAACAGUAGACACUGUGAAGGCUGAAUCAAAGGCCGCCUCUGGAAACGCUUCGGAAGAAGGAGACAAGACGUCGUCAACAUAA